UGCAGAUUUAGACACAUGGAAAUGCAGCAAAACUGCAGCAUUUCAUGCUUCUGGGAAACUCAGCCUCUUGGUUGUGUGAAGAUCAGUUGUAUCUUUUAUCACAGCAAACCUCGCAAUAUCAAUGGAUUAUUUUUGCCACCAAGUAGCAGUAUCACACCACAGAAAGAGAGUCAGGAAGGAAUUCCACCCCUGACCCAGAGUCAGGAACCCCUGAAACCUCAGGAGAAUAUAUCACGACCCAUUCACCAUCCUCUAGUUUUAAAAACUAACUUUGAGGACGAAGAGGAGGAAGGAGAUGAACAAAAUGAUGCUUCCAGUUUAUGGACAAAGACUCCUGAAGAGAUUGAAGAAAAAAGAGCAAUAAAGGAGAUGUGUUACAAAUCUGGUGAAUACUACAGAUUCCAUACUCCUCCGGAUAUUUCAUCAUCAAAAAGCAUAGCCUCUACAGCAGACAAAGAAAUAGAAAAGCCUUUGGAAAAUGGCAGUGAAUUGCAAGAAGGAGAUGGUCUUACAGUUCCAACAAAAUUUAGCCUAUUUGAAAGGCAAGGCGAGAUAAAAGCAUCAUUGGAUAGGAAACCAAGGACUGACAUUGCCGCUUUUGAAAAUGGAGGAGGUGACUGUUAUGUUCCACAGAGGAUCAUAUUUCUUGGAGUAGAUGAAAAUGAAGCUUUAACAGAAGAGAAGGAAAUCACCAUAUCAAAAUGUUCAAAUAAUAAAGAUAACACGGACAGUCCUCAUCCAAAGCGUUCCCUAACUACCCGACUAGUACCUACAACGCAUGUAUUAAAUGCUACUGAGAAUAUCAGUAUGAAGUGCAGAGAGGACCCCUCUUCAAUGAAUGAUGUCCAGCCAGUGAGGAAGCCUCACUUUAAAGGUGUGAAAAAAAGAAAAUGGAUUUAUGAUGAACCAAAGAAUUUUCCUGGCCCAGGAAUGCGGAGAGCAGUACAGGCCCCAAAUCCCAAAAAUAAAAUGAGUUACCAUCGCAAUAAUAAAAACAGAAAUGCUGAGAACGCAUCCUAUAUCCACGUUCAGAGAGAUGCUAUCAGGACUGUCUCACUGAGUGCACCCCCCCGCAGCAGGCCCACAAGCGGGUCCUACAGUAAAGUCGAUGUUAACAAGGAACCCAAAUUCAACCUUUGUCCAGAUAAAUAUACGUCAACAUCAUAUAAUGGUUCAGCCUGGCGAAAAAGAAUUCCUUUUUCAAAAACAUAUUCAAAAACUGAAAAAAUAUAUACAGAGCCAAGAAGAAAUGGGAGCAAGUAA